CGUGUCUAAAUUAAACGCAUCGCUCUCUUUAUCUGGAAAUUCUUUGUACACUUCUCACGGCUUGAAAUGCUACUAAUGACCACCACGGAAAAUGGCGACUGUGAAGUAGAUGGAAGACGAAAGUCAGAAAUUAUCAUAUGCACGAUAUUCUUCGCCUCCAGCCUCCAUCUACUCCAUUGAGGGGUCAUGGCAGCUGAAAUGUCAUGUCUGGCUGGUGUUGAUGGAGAUGACAAAGAUGCAGAUCCUGACAUCAGUGCCCUCAUCCUCCUGCAAGAUUCUGUGAGAAUGACAGAAGAAUCAACCCCUUGCAAUGAUUCUUUUUACAAACCUUCCCAAAAGCAAUCCAGUGUCCUGGAUGUUCUGUCAAACGCUGAUAUGUUGUCUCCAAUUGGCUUGGGAAACGGACUGUCUUUACGUGAGGCGACUCGGGUCGAUGAGGUCAACAGCAUAACCAUGGAGAAAGAUGAGGAAAAAAGCAUCACUCAGUUAAAAACAGUGCAGGAAAUCGACACGACUGGAAUUUGGGGUUUUGAUGUAGAAUCACCUGAGAAAUCAUCCGAUGAUUUAAGUUGGUACCCCCGUAGUGAGUUUAUGCACUUUGCGUGGGAGAAUCACAACAAUUGCUCUGGUGAAGAGCCUAAACAGGAAGUGUAUUCUCUAAAUAGCCAGGGCAGAAGAAAACGGAAAAUGGACAUGGUCACAAUGGUGGAUCCCUCAGAAGACCUACGCUCUGAUUUAUCUCACAAAUUAUCCGAUUUUUUAUCCGAUAAAGAGGACCAUGCGGACUCCAUUUCUUUUGACGUCAGACAGUCAAGGACUGUCUCCAAGUUGCAGACAUCCCAGGUGGAGAACGUCCCAAAUUAUCCCAAUGGAACGUUGAAGGCUAUCAAGCAAGUCCUCUGCAGUGCCCCUGAGAGACAUUCGCAGGAUGACAACCCAAGCGUCGCGCUCGCACUAAAUUCCCAUCCUGAUGAGGGAAAAGCGUCUUACCCGUGCAUAAAAUGCAAGAUCGUUUUCAAAAAGAGAUCUACUUGGCAGCGCCAUAUGAAAAGUCACGAAGACGGGCCAAAUCAUUUGCCAAAGAUGUUUAUCUGCAGAGAAUGCGGAGAGUCUUUCAGUCACAGUAGCGUACUCAUCGAGCACGCCAACAUGCACCACGACAAAAGAUCGACGCUAACCGGCAAACUGAAAAAAUGGACUGACGGGAAGAACGAGGAUAACGGCGCCAAGCUUUUCUGCCCUCAGUGCCCGUUUGGAACGAGCUGCCCCAACACGUUUGUUCAACAUGCAAAAACUCACGCGAAAGAAAAGAAAAACUUUAAAUGUGACAAAUGUAACUUCAGGGCGACGAGUUGGCACGAACUUCGACGCCACAUCAUCCUGCACUCGCAACAUGUCGUCAAAAAGCAAAGCAGGGUCAGUCAAUACGAUACUUUCUCUUGUAAUAUUUGUACUUAUAGAGCUCUUAGCAAAACCAUUUUUAAAAAUCACCUCUGGCGUCGCCACCAGCUCGAAAUGAAGGAGUACGAAAUGGAGCAGUACGGCAAGGACGUGGCUCCGCCUCCCCCGGAUCUUUACAUUCCCCCUUUCUCAACCUUGGAAGACGCAGAGUUGACGUCCAAAAUCCUCAUCAAGGACGAGGUCUCUUCUCCCACCGAGUCAAACGCCAUUUCGGAUUUAUUCAAAAGUCAUCACCUCAAGAGAGGUUUCAAGUCCAAACUCAGCGAAUCCAAACUGGACAAAUCCAUUAACGUUCUGCUAUCCCGACAAAAACAGGGACAGAAGAGCGCGCAGCAGAGGAAACCCUCUCACUAUGCAGCCAAUGGGAAUAAAGAUCCGACGACAUCGGUCAAGGACGAUACGACGCAAUCUCCAAACGGCCUCGCGGGACCUAACAGAAGCACCCCUUAUCAAUCGCCCGUCAAGAAGUCGCCAUCAAAACGAAAGAUGUCAACACCGUACCGCAACACGUCUGACCAAGAGUCACGCUUGGUCUCGUCAAAAGCUCUUCCGAGCCCUACCGGACGAAACCAAGGAGACCUGGAAGACAAAAGAGACAUUUUCCAAGUGAAAGUCGAAGACCAUCUUGACAACGGUGUCAGUCAAGAAAGUCAUAAUUUAAUUUAUUCCUAUAGCAGGAGAAUGUCGCUAUGCGGCGCUCUGCAGGCAUCAAAGAGGCUCUUUGAGAAAGUGAAGAACGAAGAGCGCGACAAUGAGCCCACGAUAAAAGAAGAAUGCAUCGAAACGCAAGUGUUCCAAGGAACCUUUGAUCCGCGCCAGACGCCGUCGCUCGACUCCUUUGCGGACCAAAUGCCGAAAUUGGACUUGGACUGCAAGAACUGUCCGUACUGCCCGGCUGUCUUCCAGUCGGGAGUGGGCUUGUCCAAUCACGUGAGAGGACAUCUUCACAGGGUCGGACUGACCUACACAGCGCGACACGUUCUGACUCCUGAGAAAGUGGCUUGUGAAGACAGGCCCAAAAUCCGACGGAAGAUUGCGGCGUUUCGCAAAAUAAAAAAAGUGCUGGAGUUGCCGCCCGAAUCCGAGGACACCGAGACCGACAUCCACUCCUGUCCGUUAUGCGGGGACAUGUUUGACAAUAGGAAAGGACAGUCCAACCACGUACGCGGCCACCUCAAAAAAAUCGGUCGAGCCCAUUAUUCAAAGAACAAAUCGCCGUUAAUUGUCCUCAAGGAGUUGAUGCGCAACAAGAAGGAGUACACCAGGGCCGUUCACAUUCUGGGAAAGAGACGAAAUCAUUUCCACUACGGAGCAAAUUAUUUCAUGCCAUCCGCUUUUGAAUUCGAUGACUCAGACUCGAACGCGUGGGCCGACGUGAAACCGCCCAUGCCUCCGUGUUCGCUCUCGGAAACGGACUCGCCGCUGACAGCGUUAGAACAAGAUUCGCUCACCGACACGGCCGCAUUGAUAGGAAUUCUAAAGAAGAGAAAAUGCCAGGAAGACAGCAAACCCAAAACAUUGGCGCCCGUCGCAAAGUACUCUGGUGCUCUUUGUACAAACGGUGAACAAAGUUCAGGGCCGAGAGUCGCGUCUUCGCUGCCAAUCCCGAUAUCAGAGAAAGGUGAAUUCAACCGAAAGGUGUGCGUCCACUGCAACGCAACGUUCCACAGCGGCGUUAGUCUCUCGAACCACCUGCGUGCGUGCGCAAAACGGAAAAGAAACGCCUUGCUCGAGGGAACGGAGUUUGAUUGUAAACCGAGAAGGCAGCGUUUAAGGCCCAGCUCAAAGAAGAAGGUGCUUCCGUUAACACAAACUCCAGAGGAAACGUACAGACUUACAUGCAGGUUCUGCGACUUGGUCUUUCAGGGUCCCUUGUCUGUCCAGGAGGACUGGAUCAAGCAUUUACAGAGACACAUUAUGAAUACGAGUAUCCCCCGUACCGGACUGGCCAUGGUGGAGGUCUCUUCGCUCCCCACCGCCGAUUUGGCGUCUUGCGUCAAGACAGACCCGGAAAGCUCGCAGCCGGCCGCCGCACUUGACACCUCCUGAAGACAAAAGGCACCUUUCUUUCGUUGUUAGAUUUUAACUAAACUCUAUGUGUAUGUACAUUUUUCACUUUUUUUAGUCAAACAAGUACUUGCCAAAAGUACACACUCGUUGGUCUUCAAGAGCAUCGGUUACGCCAAUUCUUUUGGAUAUUGCCCUCUUUCUGUUUUGACAUCUUCCACCUUUUUGGAGUACAUUUCCAAACAGGACAGUUUAGGUUCAUGCAGUAGACAACUUUUACCUCACCCUUUUCUCAAAAUUUGGGAGCACUGCUACUGUAUCGAUUUUUAAAAUAUGAAGAGGAAAAAGAAAAAGCUUCGUUUUCUACUCCCUUAAAACACAUUUUAUGGCACAGAAUUUGAGUACUUUAAGUAUCUGGAAAUUCUAAGAAA